UUAAUAGAGAAUCCCAUUUGAAUAUGAAAAGCAGUUUAAGACAGUAGGCUACCUGGUCGUUGAAGCCAAACAGCAGGAUGCUGCUGGAAAUCGGGCGAAUUGGCCGAAUUAAACGUAAUGACGAUGUUGUUGCUAUAUCACAAUCACAUCUGUCCUCUUCCGCUGAUUGCCCGGACAGUCGCUGCCCUGCCUUCUGUCAAUUUCGUAAGCUGGUGAUACCCUGCUUUUCAGUGUGCACCGUGACAUUGCCACGGACGGGAUCUAAAAACUUUCAAGGACAAUACAAGCGAGUAGCCUAUGUGAUGGAUAUGCCACACUCCGUCGAGGUCUGAGGGAGAGAGGAUCCCGAAUUUUGGCAGGGCGUUCUCUCCCGCACCACUGAUUGGGUCACACCUUUAUUAAAGCUUUCUGUCCCUUUUUGGCUUUGUUUUUUUUUGGGGGGGGGGGCGGGGGUGUGGUUCCACCUCAUUCAGCCACCCUGGGCCAGGACGUGGAGCUGUGGCCUACCAAGGGCAGGAGAUGGAGGUAGCGCUGGUCAAUUUCGAGAGUUUGGAUGACGUCAACGUCAACAUGGCCCCAGAUGACCCCGGCGAUCCCAACAGGAUGACCUCCCUCGCCAUGGACACGCCAAGCCAUGGCCUCGGCAAAAACCACCUCCUCGACCUGCAGGAGCUCCCCUCUCACAAGGGGAGGAAGGGGUCGCAGCAGCACAGCCAGACUCCGCCGUCACCCACCAUUCCUUCUCUGGCCAGGAGGGGGCGCCCCAGCUGCGCUAGCCUGAUCUCCAACUGGAAGCUCUUGCUGAACAGCGAGGGGACACAGAGCGAGAGCAUUUACAGCAAGCUGGCUAAGGACUGCUCUGAUGACCUGUUCACGGACAAGCGGGGCUUGGACGAGGGGGACCAGAAGGUGAUCAUCAACAUAGCUGGCCUCCGCUUUGAGACCCAGCUCAAGACCCUAGACCAGUUCCCUGAGACCCUGCUGGGGGACCCCACCAAACGGAUGGACUACUUCGACCCCAUGAGAAAUGAAUACUUCUUUGACCGCAACAGGCCAAGUUUCGAUGGGAUUUUGUACUACUACCAGUCUGGAGGGAAGGUCCGCAGGCCCGCCAAUGUACCCUUGGAUGUUUUCGCCGACGAAAUCAUUUUCUACGAGCUUGGCAACGAGGCCAUGGAGCAGUUCCGUGAGGACGAGGGCUUCAUAAAAGAAGCGGAGGUGCCCUUGCCCACCAGUGACCUUCACCGGCAGUUCUGGCUCCUGUUCGAGUAUCCGGAGAGCUCAAAUGCCGCACGCGGCGUGGCACUGGUGUCGGUGUUUGUCAUCGUUAUCUCCAUCAUAAUCUUCUGCCUGGAGACUCUGCCAGAGUUCCGAGAGGACAUCCUCUCACCUGUUGUCCACCACCUCAACCAAUCCCAGGAGGGCUACACAUCCCUAUCUCCUCCCAGCACCACCCCCAAAUCCAUAGCCACCACUUUCUCUGACCCCUUCUUCAUCAUCGAGUCGGCCUGCAUCUUCUGGUUCUUCUUCGAACUCUGCGUGCGCUUCACGGUGUGCCCGAGCAAGCGGGAGUUCUUCAACAACAUCAUGAACAUCAUCGACAUCAUCUCCAUCAUCCCUUACUUUGUCACCUUAGUAACGGAGCUGGUGACAAAGCCGGACGCCAACUCCAGCCAGAACAUGUCCCUGGCCAUCCUGCGCAUCAUCCGCUUGGUGCGCGUCUUCCGGAUCUUCAAGCUGUCCCGGCACUCCAAAGGGCUUCAGAUCCUGGGCCAGACGCUGAAGGCCAGCAUGAGGGAACUGGGGCUGCUCAUCUUCUUCCUCUUCAUCGGAGUCAUCCUCUUCUCCAGCGCCAUCUACUUUGCUGAGGUAGAUGAGCCCCUAACGCAGUUUGUCAGCAUCCCCGAUGGCUUCUGGUGGGCGGUGGUGACCAUGACGACCGUGGGCUACGGUGACAUGUGCCCCAUCACCAUGGCGGGCAAGAUAGUGGGCACACUGUGCGCCAUUGCCGGCGUGCUGACCAUCGCCCUGCCCGUGCCCGUCAUCGUCUCCAACUUCAACUACUUCUACCACCGCGAGACGGAGGGCGAGGACAAACAACCCACAGCCGACGCGCUGGACGCGAACCUCAAAUCAGGCGCCACCGCCAAGCUGGGUAGCACCACCUCCCUCAACAAAGCUAAUGGCAGCUGGCAGAACGAGAAAUCCAAAAAUGCAGGGUUGUGAACUGAAGCAAGCUGGGAUGCAUUCAACAAGGAUAGCAUUUGUGUAAUUAAAGUAUAUGUGGUUUUGUCUAUUUUUACCUCAGAAAUCAAUCUGGUUGAACACUUGAACAUGCAAGACAGUCCAUCAAUAAGUUUUAAAAUACAUUCAGGAACUUGAACUGAACAAUCUGCCUUUAAACAGGCAGGAGUGAAUUAACUGCCUUAUUUGGAGUAAGUACUGUGAGCUUGAAUCGAGAAAAACUGACCCCAGCCUAAGUAUUGCUUCACUUACAGUAAUACAGGCAUUAUUUAACACAGUGGUAACCAACCCUGUUACUGGAGAUCUACCAUCCUGUUGGUUUCCCCCAAUCUUAACAAAGCACACAUAAUUCAGGAGCUAGAGAGCUUGUUGAGCUUAUAAUCAGUCAGGUGUGCCAAAUUAGGCUUGAAAUUAAAACCUAUGGGAUGGUAAGUCUUCAGGAACAGGUUUGGUUUUGCCAACAGAAACAGUUUUGUUAAAAGAAUAUUUAGAUGUGAAAAUGUAACAUUUAAAUAGACAUCUUGCAACCAUCAUGUAAUUGUAUGGGAUACAUUGUAUCAUAUAUGUAGUUAUCUAUCUGUUUAUUUAUGCAUUAUUUCAUUUAUGUGUUUAUUUAUUCAUUCAUCUCAAUAGUGUGUUACUUCUCUGGUAAAAUCAAUGUUGGUAUGUAUUUGUAAAUUUUAGCCAGGGAAUACUGUGCAAUGACCGUGAUCUAUAAUAACUGCCUAACAAAUGGCAUUCCUGACAAUGUUUAUAAAGAUAAUUCUGCAUUUCGGUAUGAAUGUAAAUUUACAUUCAUCAGCUGACUUAUUAUGUGCAAAUGUAUUAGAAGACAUAUUUCAUAUUUCCAUACAGGUAGUUUAUUUCUUUUUAUUCAUUGAGUGCCUUGAAUUGCUGCUGAUGCUUCAACAUACUUUCCAAGUAUAGACUGCCAUAUCUAGCUUGACUUCUGAUGAAUGGUCCUGUGUAUCUUUGACAGUGCAUUAUCCUUCUACAAUAUUACAAUAUAUAUAUACAUAUUUUUUUACUUAUGAAGAGUGUUUAUCAUAAGGUGUACUGUCCAAUACAAGUUGCACAGAACCUUUUGUAAUAGAAAAUAUUACUAGAUAUUUAUUGUCAACAGAAUGGCUCUCUCUCUCUCCCUCUCUCUAGCGAGCGCCAUUAACCCAAAGGAAUGUUUUUAUUGUUAACGAACAGAGCAAAGGGCACAAAGGCGCCCUGCUAUUUUAAGGACAGCAAUGACAGAGCGACUGAGACAGCCAAAGAGAGGAAUCUUUACAGGGGAUGGCUGGGAAAUACAGCCGCCAAGGUCUUUCAGAACAUGCCGCGCCUUGCUCACCACGGGCAUUCUGGGAAAUGGCUCGGGGCAGCUCCAGCCAUCUCCCCAACCCCUUCCACACACCCAGUCACUCACCUGCCAAUCAAAACAAAGUCUAGUCCCCAAUAGAAAUAAUUAUAUAAAACAACAUAAACAGAAGAGAAAAUGUUAUAUCGUUACUGAAUACUUUUCCCUAUUUUUAAUUGUUUUUAAACAUCCUAUGAUAAGUGUAGACAUUCUUACUAAUAUUUUUUUUAAAAACCCACAAACCAUUUAUUUAGGCAGGACUUGAUGGAAAUACUGCCUCACAUUAGUUUCUAGAGAAUUAGGAAACUGUGGCACAGAGUGACAUUUUAUUUCUUAGUCAGAAUCAAAUAGUGAAUUCUCGCGGAAACAUUUACAAAACGAAAACAUGCAAAAAAUAUAUUAUUUGUUAUUCUCACAGGAGAAAAAAAAUGUUUGCAUGAACUCCACGCCAGGAGUACAGUUUCCUGAAAUUGGGCAGCUAAUUAUGAAGUUGCCAAUUGGCUGGUCGUUCUGCAGAUUAGCCUCAGGCUGUCAAUCGUCCUUAAGAAGCUCCACACUUCUCACUUGCCUUUCACAAGCGGGCAGUGCGUUCACCUGAACAAUGCAGAAAGCACCCAUGGAAAUCAGGAAGCAACAGGAAAAUUCAGAUUCACCCUGCUGGAAUAAGUAUAUUGAGUGGCUACUUUAGUGUUUUCCAAUGCAUACAUCAAAUCCUCUCGAGACUAGGGAUUGUAUGUGAAAUCUAAUACCGUAAUUAGGAAAGCAUGGAUAAUGCAUUUUACACAGCUUUGAUUUCUUUCCCAAAGGUGAUCAAUGAUAUUCAGAAGAUAUUUGGAAAAUGAGAUAAAUGGGCAUUGAAUUGAAAAUGAAACAAAAGUAAUUUGGUGUGCACUAAAAUGUGUUUCAGUGCAUCUCCUGACAUAUUGGCAGAUACAUACUGUACCCUCCAAACCUGCUCCUAGUCAACGCCUUAUUCUGAAUGAAGGUGCAUAUAAAUAUAUUGGAUUUACAGACACAGACACAGACAGACUUGGACUCUGACUCCGACUCGGACAACGAGUCCGAAUCCGACUCGGAAACAGAUUCAGAUAUGGAUACAGACACACACACAGAUUCAGAUUCAGAUAUAGAUACAGACAUAGAUUCAGACUCAGACACAGACACAGAUUCAGAUUCAGAUAUGGAUUCAGACACAGAUUAAGAUUCAGACUCAGAUACAGAUACAGACACAGAUUCAGAUUCAGAUUCAGAUUCAGAUUCAGAUUCAGAUUCAGAUACAGAUUCAGAUUCAGAUACAGAUACACAUAGCAUUGUCUCUGCACACCCCCCACUACAGUUUUACAGUAACAAGGUGUAUGUUAUUACAAAUAGGGUAAUGUAUUCACCACACUCUCUGCGUUGUUACCACGGCCAGCGGUUGGCUAUGGGCAGGGGUGGGCUCAGCCCACCCAAACGUGCGUCUUGGCCACCCAAUCAAAAGUUAAGAAAACUUAACAGCCCACAGCCCGCCUCUGACGGGUUGAAACAGCUAGUGUCUCUGAUGCAGUGCACUGGUGGUUGAUUUAAUUAGCGGUAUUAAUAUGAUGAGAAGCGCUUUGUCACUCUAAUGCAUAACACGCAAUU